AAAAAUCUCGCCUCUCUCUCUCUCUCUCUCUUUGAGUCUUCUUCACACUGUAUCUUUGAUCCUCAAAACUUUUUUCAAUCGCGUAAUGACGAUGAUCAAAAGUAAUUAGUAGCCUCCUAGGUCACUACUCCACCGGAUCUUACCGCCUGUUUUUUUUUUCCAACUCUCAUCGGAGAGAGAUCUCGUCGUUUCGACCUCAGUAACUAACGAUGAUCACCGACGCCGUUUCCUCCAGCCCUCUCUUCGCAUCCGACCACAAAAGGGAUGCUUAUGGAUUUUCUGUGAGGCCUCAUCAUGUGCAAAGAUACCGAGAAUAUGUUAAAAUCUACCAGGAGGAGGAAGGGGAGAGGUCGGACAGGUGGAACAGUUUCCUUGAAGAUCAUGCACACUCUGCCGCGUCUCCUGUGAAUGGAUCAUCUGAAGAAAAGAAAGUGCUCAGAUUUCAUCAGAUAUGGACUGAGAUCAGACCAUCUCUUCGAGCAAUCGAGGACUUGAUGAGUGCUCGUGUGAAACUGGAAUCUUCCAAGAGAGGAGGAUGUGAGAAUGAUUCUGAAGACGAGUUCUACGAUGUGGAGAGAUCGAAUCCAGUUCAGGAUGAUGAAUCUUCAGAUGGUACAUGCAUGUCUGCAUGCCCUUGGAAAGAAGAACUUGAAGUGCUUGUUCGAGGUGGUGCACCUAUGGCUCUGAGGGGUGAGCUCUGGCAAGCAUUUGCGGGGGUUAAGAAACGCCGGGUGGAGAAUUAUUACCAAAAUCUGCUAGCUGCUGAUGGUCUAGGAAAGGACACAGAGAUGCAGCCUGCAGAUGAGAAAGGUCUAAGUGGAGACCCACUCGCUGCUGUGGAAAAAUGGAAAGGACAGAUAGAGAAGGAUUUACCCCGGACGUUUCCAGGUCAUCCUGCCUUAGAUGAUGAUGGCAGAAACGCUCUGAGGCGAUUGCUAACUGCUUAUGCUAGGCAUAAUCCCUCUGUUGGAUACUGUCAGGCUAUGAAUUUCUUCGCUGGACUUUUAUUACUUCUGAUGCCAGAAGAGAAUGCUUUUUGGUCGCUGAUAGGAAUCAUUGAUGACUACUUCAAUGAUUAUUACUCUGAAGAGAUGAUCGAGUCCCAGGUUGACCAACGAGUUCUGGAGGAGUUGGUUCGAGAGAGAUUUCCUAAAUUGGUUCAACAUCUAGAUUAUCUUGGAGUGCAUGUGGCUUGUGUUACAGCGCCAUGGUUUCUUUCAAUCUUCAUCAAUAUGCUUCCAUGGGAAAGUGUUCUCAGAGUGUGGGAUGUGCUUCUGUUUGAAGGAAACCGUGUAAUGCUUUUCAGAACAGCGCUUGCAUUGAUGGAGUUUUAUGGUCCUACACUAAUUACAACCAAGGACGCUGGAGAUGCGAUCACUUUGCUACAGUCAAUGACUGGUUCAACGUUCGAUAGCAGCCAGCUGGUUUUCACUGCUUGCAUGGGUUACCAAGAUGUAAACGAGAGUAGACUGCAGGAGCUAAGAAGCAAGCACAGGCCAGCUGUAAUGGCUGCACUUGAGGAAAGACUAAAAGGGCUUCAAGCUUGGAGGGACUCAAAAGACCCAAAAUCAGUUCUGUUAAAUUUCAGCAAAGCCUCGCUGUCGUCGAAUGGGAGCUUGCCUCGUUCUGAGUCAGGAUCCAGUAACGCAGACGAUGUCUUGAUUAGUCUGACUCUGAAUGGGGAUGGUGGAGAGAUAGAUUGUUGUCAAGACCUUCAAGGACAGGUUCUUCGGUUGAAGGGUGAACUCUGCAAUUUGGUUGAGGAGAAACGAUCUGCUUUACUAAGAGCUGAAGAGCUGGAGGUUGCUCUCAUGGAGAUGGUCAAACAAGACAAUCGGCGUCACCUGAAUGCUAAGAUUGAGCAGUUAGAGCAAGGGGUGACAGAGCUUCGAAAGCUUGUGUCUGAUAAGAAGGAUCAAGAAGCUGCUAUGAUACAGGUCUUGAUGCGGAUGGAGCAAGAACAUAAGGUAACGGAAGAUGCACGGAGAGCGGCUGAGCAGGAUGCAGCAGCGCAGAGACGUGCUGCCGAAGUGCUUCAGGAAAAAUAUGAGGAAGCUGUUGCUGGGCUUGGUGAGAUGGAGGAGAGGGCAGUAAUGGCAGAGUCCAUGUUGGAGGCGACUUUGCAGUAUCAUAAAGCACAACCUUCACCACGGAAAGUACUGAAGCAAGAUUUGCCGGUCAUGAUCAGUCCCUAGCAUGAUAUAUCCCAUAUUAUCAUAUCAUUUUUGAUAAUUCAUUUCAUGAUUUUAAGCUAUAUGUAUAGACAUUAAUCUCUUUGGAAUGCAUGGGGGCAUGCAUCAUAUAUCCUUCGAGAGGAACAUUGUUUUUGUUUCUUAAACUGAUUUAUUAUUAUUGUACUGUUGUCUACUUUACGAACUUACCUGUAACGGUUCUGUUUGCACUAUAUAUUAAACCCAUUUCAGAACA